AAGAAGAGGAGGAAGAGGAGGAAGAGGAGGGGGGCAGGCAGCUGCCUGGUGACGGCCGGAGUGAACCGCUCCCCCAGCAGCCGUCAGUCUGAACCAACAGAAGACAUUACCGGAGACAGCUCGGUGUCAAUACAGUAGUAACGUUUACUGUUACCGGGAGACACGUUUUUUACAACUUUGAGUAGUCGGUAACGUUAAUCCUGGAAACCGUUAUCGUUGGUGAUGAUGUGAAACUGACUGUUGCUUCGAGUUUCAGCGUUAAAGUAACGUAACGUCAGCUCACUGUAACAUUAGUGGUGUCUAGCAGAGCAACAGCUACACUAGAGGUAACCUCAGUGUUUACGGUCACGUCGAGGAAACAACCCAGCAGGUGGCCAGGGUACUCGGUAAAGAUGGGUGACAUAAACCCAUCGACAUCUCAUCCAUAUCAAUCGGAGGCUUUCAGUCCGCCAUACAGGAGGAGGAGGACAGUAGAGGACUUUAACAAGUUUUGCACUUUCGUCUUGGCCUAUGCUGGUUACAUCCCAUACCCCCAAGAGGACUCUCCACUGCGCAGUAGUUCCAGUCCUCCCAACAGUACAGGCAGCACAGCUGACAGUGAUGGCUGGACCCCCGGACCCCCAGCCUCCUGCCCCCAGCGCCCUCCAAAGGUCCCGCAGGACAGGAGCAGGAAACGUCCACAGCCCGGACCCACAAUGUCCAGUCACGCCAAGGACGACCACACGAUCACCACCUUGCACCCAGAUGACCGCAGGAAAGCUGACAAGCUGAAGAAGAAGAAAAGGAGAAAGGAGAGGGAGCAUGCGGCUGGUGAGGAAAGUGGGGUUCAGCAGGCCCACUCGGCCGUCCCAGAGCUGCCGUACCCCGUCGCCUUUGGUGGCCGAACGAUCAAAGAAGAGCCUGAAGAUGAUAUCAGCAUUCCCCUCCACCCGCAGAGUCUGCAUAGUCCAGCCCCCUGCAAGGAGGAGCCCAGUGAGGAGCGUCGAAACUGGGACGGUCAAGACAUGGAAGAAGGGGUGGUGAAGGUACAGAAGGUGGAGGGCCUUGCAGGAAACAGAACGGUGUUCCGCCAGGGAAAACAAGUGGUGUUCAGAGACGAAGAUGGAUCAGGAGAGGACGAGGACAUCAUGGUGGACUCAGACGACGACUCGUGGGACCUGGUGACGUGUUUCUGCAUGAAGCCGUUUGCGGGCCGGGCCAUGAUCGAGUGCAACAAGUGUAACACCUGGAUCCACCUGUCGUGCGCUAAGAUCCGCAAGAACCACGUGCCAGAGACAUACGUGUGCCAGAGCUGCCGAGAGUCGCACGGAACCCUCGAUGCCCGCCGCUCCUACCGCCCGCGCAUAGGCCCGCGCAAGCAUCUGCUAGAAUGACCCCAGGUACGAACCCUGAACUCUGACCCCCCCUUCCACUCCUGCUUCCCCUUCACCUGCUGGACUGACCCUUCCUCAAAUUCAGGUCUUGCACCCUUCAGUCUCUGUCCUUCUUGGUCAGCCAUGAACUCACAUUUUCUACGAACACUUUGGUGGACCUAUCCCUACAGCCCUUAUCCCAUUUGAAAACAGUUUGAGUGCUAUUUUAGAUUUACUUAAGGUUUGUUCCUGCUUCCCUACAGACUCUGUGCGUAAGGCAAUCACUGAAUGGAUGUCUGUCUGUAGAUGACAUUAGCAUAGCAGCAAACCUCUACUGUUGGUGUCUCGUGAACACUGGAAACAUUUGAACUGCCAUAUUGAGAGAGAGAGAGAAUACCCUCACAACUGCCACCCACUAUGGUGCAUGCUGGGAUUUGUGGGAAAGACAGUUUGCACUUUUUUUUAAAGAAUCCAUAUGACCUUUCUGUCAUAGGGCCAGGUAUGUCUUUCUGAUUAAACUGGAUUUCUCUUACACGCGUCUUGUUACACGAUUAACCGUUAAAAAUGAGAAAACAAGUUAAGCCUUGUGUUAAUUGCUUCAGAUGGUGCUAUAGUAUUAAGCUGAGGUAUAAUCCAAUAUAACAAAGAUGUAGGAUAAGCGACUAGAGUCUGCAUCCGCUUUCAUGUUUGUUGUUCUGUUUUUGUUAUUGAAGACAUUGUGAAAGAAUAUCAUUGAGGCUUGAAGCCCGUACGACCGAACCAAGCGCUUGUUCCUCUCCCUUCUACUUCACAAACCGUCUUCCAGCCUCCGCUACUCCUCUGAAUCAAGAUGUUUCUUGGCCACACAUGAAGCUUUCACACAAUUUACUCCUCAUGUUUAAACAGUGUUCCUUUUUCACCAGAGUUCUGUUUCUGAUGAUUUUUUUUUUUCAUAAUAAAUAACUUGUUAUUUCACAGAUUUAAAAAAAUAAAUAAAUUAAAAAAGAAAAAAAAAAAGCACCACAUAACCGACAAGAUUCAGAUGACAGAGUUUUCAGUAAAGGUGUUUUCUUUUGCCUCUGCUCAGUUGUUUUAGCUGCAUUUUAUGACCGGAUUGAACAGUGGUAUUGUUCUUUACUUUUAUUUUCCAAGUCAUUAUUUAUAUUCAUUAACCGUUUCAUGCUCAUGACAGAGUCUUCAGAGACAAGUAUAUUAAUGGAAGGGAACUCCUAUGGCCGUCCUGUUUAAGUAUCAACAGAUAAAAAGCUAUCUUAACUGGAAUAGUGUUGUUAGAAAGAUUCUCUCAAGAGUCCGGUUGAAAUUAUGCAUGUGAGUGUGUGUUUGUUUCGAUGGUUGACACUGCGAGGGUGUUGGUAAUGCAUGUGCUGCUAUGGCUCGACUAAAGCUCCAUGGUUUUUGGUCUUUUGUAAGACAGAGAAAUGGAUAUCUGCAAAGAUCCGUGGGCAGGGUCGGUUUGUUUUGUUUGUCUCUGAAGGGUCGGAUCAGAAGAAGAACUCUGUCUCUAAUCACCUCUCACUAACGUUUUCACAGCAGUAUUCAGCAGCGGGGUUUAGAUGUUUUACCCUAAAACUUGCUGGAAAUUGGAUUCUAAGCUUUGUUAUUCAUGUGCCAUCUGCUGUUGUUUCUGAUUAUAUAAAAGCCAUACUGUAGUGACAGAUUUUAGACUCAGAACCUUUAUAUUAGUCCAGGAUGGGAUUUUACAAUGCAGAAUCAAUGACUUGACAACGACUAAAACACACAAUGAAUGUUUGGUAUGUUAAGAACACACGACUUUCUAAGAGUUCAAAGUGGUUAAGCUCAUCUCUGCACUCUUGUCUUCUGGUAUUUACAAGUGUUGGUUCACUGGUUCGUACCAAGCAAUCGCCAGAUCUUAAAAAAAACAUCAGGUCGUGAUGUUUUUAAGACGUUUCAAGACCUAAAAUUAUUUGCUGUCUCUCAGGGCGUUCAUGUCCUGAAGAGAACCUGAAGCGACGUCUUCAGGCAUUUCUAAUUUUAGUCUGCGUCUUUAAGACAUCAGUGGAAUUAAUGUUAGCAAUGCUCAUUGUGAUACAGCUCGUUUAUUCUGAUCUUGGGUUAAUCCUAUCCCCUUAUUGAGAAAGCGUUGUCUGUUCUGUGGUGCAAACUGUUUCUGUGAAACUAUUGUAAACUAUUGUAAAUAAAGAGUUACCAUUUUAA